CAGAUCUUCAUAAGGCCAUAAAAUUUCCAUAAUAAAAGAAAAACUGAAAAGGUGUCGUCACAGAGUUUCACCCCACGCCACAUUCAGACACAUUCACUCACGAAACCGUUCCGUGCGAACGUGCGAUUAUUGUUUAUUUAUUUUUUGCGUUAUCAUCCAUACGUUAUCUCGUGGAACUCUUUACCGAUACAAUUUCACGGCGGUCAUGUUACUCGCCAUCCUACAGUACACUCGGCGGCAUGAAGGUAGGAGUUAGUGUACUAUCAAUUGUAAUGAGAUCCACAAUCAAGCAAUACUCAUCCGUGUGUUCGGUCGUGUUCUGGUGAAAUGUGGACAGUAAUUUUGCAGAAAUUCAUAUAAAGUGCUGCGGUCGUGUGACAUUAAAUGCAAAUGAAAUGAUGCAGAAUGGGCGGAAAUGUUGUGCAUUGGUUCCUGGCGGUGAUGUGCAUCUUCCGCGUGGCUGCAGCGAAUGAUUUAUCCGAGUUUCGCGAUCCGGAAACAUUGGUCAGUUGUUUCCACGACUCGGCCCCUCGAUUUGGGAAAAGAAUUUGCGACUGUGGAUACCGAAAUCAAGCAUAUUUCAUACCAAAGUUCGAAGGAAGCACCACAGAGAUCGAAAUAGCCAACUGUAAAUCACUGCGGAUUCCUAGAGGCGCAUUUUCGAAUCUAUUCCAGUUGACUAAGCUGACGAUUGUGAAUGUGGAAAGUCUAGCGCUGGAAUCAAAUUCGAUGGAUUUCACCCGUAAUGAUCCUUCGGCGCGACUGAGAAUCACGUUUAUCAAUAAUUUGAUCGAGGAAGUACCAUCGCAUGUAAUGAGUGGGCCUAUAGCCGAGGUAUCCUUCACACGAUGUCGCAUCGGAUCCUUCCAACCAUACAGUAUUACAAAUAUCUACGAGCAGAUGGAGAAUUUCAACAUUGUCGAAUGUUUCGUCAAUAGACUGGAACGCCAUGCAUUCAAACGAUUCGAUAUUAGUCAAAUUACCAUUGAAGGCAGUGAAUUUGUUUCGCCGAUUCCUUCCCAGAGCUUCUACGAAGUCGAUGUGCUAAACCGUUUUGUAAUAGUCAACAGUACAUUUCACGUACUGUUACCGAGCGCUUUCACAAUGAAAAAUGUCACCAGUCUGGUUAUAAGUAACAGUGAGUUUAAGAAUAUAGGAGGAGAAUCAUUGCACAUGCAAAUUCGAAACAAUAUUCGAAUCACAGGAAACUAUUUCAACAUCGUCAAUGACUUGACUUUUCAAGGAAUAACUCUGGACAGCUCGUAUUACACCAGACACUCGGAGAAACCUGCGCUUCUGUUCCAUAACAACCGAAUGGGUCGCUUGGAGGGAACCAAAUCUUUGUAUUUUUCCGGCGAGUUUACCGUACAGUUGCGAGCAGUUUUCAUCGAGCACAGUAUUAGUUGCGAUGAGGUGAUCGCCUUGAAGCAGUCAAGUAUAUUUUCGAGUUACGCUGAUGAAAUAUAUUUCGAUCUGUCCGAUCGGCAGCGCGAUUUUCGAUCACUGAGCGACAUUCGUAACGUUCAGUGCGCGGAAAGUCGGUUUUGGUUAUACUUGAUAGUGGGCUUAACAGUGACGUUCAUUAUCAUAACGUUAAUAGUCUUGCUCAUAUCGUUGUACUGUGUGCGAAAGAGAAGAAAGCUGCGUAAACUGGACGUUGUGAUGCCUGAGCCACGAACAUAUCGUGAAACUCAAAUAAUAAUGCAGAUAGAGAAUCAUGGGCUGUUGAAAACCGACCUAUAAGUAUACUAAUUAACGAAAUUAUUGUAAAAUGUUCCUAUGUUCCUGCUUCUGAAUUGUGAUGAUAUAAUUAUUAAGAGACGCGUUUAUUUAUUCUAAAAAAUGCAAUACGUUGAAUGGUUCCAUCUGGAAAUGGUGUUAGAACAUGCAAAACUAUGAUGACAAUUAUUCCACAAUUUGGUUUAUGAUCCGCGUACAAUUACGCGAACUUGAAUUCAUCUUUUUUCUUAGCCUGUUUAGGACUUGUAGUUACCUGCGAACACGGGGGAUU